ACAGCUCCUCCCCCAUGGAGUCGCCCCACAAGAAGAAGAAAAUCGCGGCCCGGAGAAAAUGGGAGGUUUUCCCGGGAAGAAACAAGUUCUUCUGCAAUGGGAGGAUUAUGAUGGCCCGGCAGACAGGCGUCUUCUACCUGACUCUCAUCCUCAUCCUGGUCACUAGCGGACUCUUCUUCGCCUUCGACUGCCCGUAUCUAGCAGUGAAAAUCACCCCUGCCAUCCCCGUGGUCGGUGGCAUUCUGUUCUUCUUCGUGAUGGGGACCCUGCUUCGCACCAGCUUCAGUGACCCGGGAGUCCUUCCAAGAGCCACGCCCGACGAAGCCGCUGACCUGGAAAGGCAAAUAGAUAUCGCAAACGGCACCAGUUCAGGGGGGUACCGCCCACCUCCCAGAACCAAAGAAGUCAUCAUCAAUGGCCAGACUGUGAAACUUAAAUAUUGUUUCACCUGCAAGAUUUUCCGGCCCCCUCGUGCCUCUCAUUGUAGCCUUUGCGAUAACUGCGUAGAACGGUUUGAUCACCACUGUCCCUGGGUAGGCAACUGUGUGGGGAAAAGAAACUACAGAUUUUUUUAUAUGUUUAUUUUAUCUCUGUCUUUUCUGACAGUCUUUAUAUUUGCAUUCGUUAUCACCCACGUCAUUCUUCGUUCACAGCAAGCAGGAUUCCUAAACGCUCUUAAAGACAGCCCUGCAAGCGUGCUGGAGGCUGUGGUGUGCUUCUUCUCUGUCUGGUCCAUCGUGGGGCUCUCGGGUUUCCACACCUAUCUGAUCAGCUCUAACCAGACUACGAACGAAGACAUUAAAGGAUCUUGGUCAAAUAAAAGAGGUAAAGAAAAUUACAACCCCUACAGCUACGGAAAUAUCUUUACAAAUUGCUGUGUUGCCCUCUGUGGGCCCAUCUCUCCAAGCCUAAUUGACAGAAGAGGGUACAUCCAGCCUGACACCCCACAGCCAGCCGCACCCUCCAACGGAAUGGCCGCGUACGGGGCCACUCAGUCACAGAGCGACAUGUGCGACCAAGACCAGUGCAUUCAGAGCACCAAAUUCGUUUUGCAGGCCGCAGCCACGCCCCUGCUGCAGAGCGAGCCCAGCCUCACCAGCGACGAGCUGCACCUGCCCGGGAAGCCGGGCCUGGGCACGCCCUGUGCCAGCCUGACGCUGGGGCAGCCCACGCCGCCCUCCUCCAUGCCCAACCUCGCCGCCGAGGCCGCGCUCACAGACAUACUGCCCCUGAAAGAGGAGCACGUGGGCCACCAGUUCCUGACCCCGGAGGAAGCGCCCUCGCCGCCCAGGAUGCUGGCGGGCAGCCCCCUGGCCCACAGCCGCACCAUGCACGUCCUGGGCCUGGCCAGCCAGGACUCUCUGCACGAAGACUCCGUGCGAGGCCUGGUGAAGCUCAGCUCCGUGUGACCGCGUGGCCUCAGCCAGGGGCUGCAGACAGGGGGACAGGCAGACGGCAGACGGGAAAGACUUCCUGUGACCCUGUGCGGUGGUGGCCGGGACACCUUCGGGUCCUGGAGCACAAAGACCACUGGGAGAGGAAAUGGAUCUCUGCUGAGGGCGGAGGCGGGCAGGACCCAAAGACUUACACCUUGGUUUUAUUGACUUUUCUUCUCCACCCUGACCGCUUUGAUAACAGUGAAAAUAGAGAAAGAGCUAUUUUCAGGUGUUUGGAAUAUGAAGGGUGGGCGUGGGGAGAGAGGAGCCUUGAGGGGCUCAAUCAGAGUCUGGCAGAAGAGGAGGAUGCCUGGAGGUUCCGCUUGCCUCUCUGGGACAGACACACAGAAGGUUUAUGACACUUGUGGCCGGACUGAAAUUGCACUUACGUGUUAUGCUACUAAUAUUUGAAAUAGACAUGCCAUUCCAUUUGUUAAUUAAAAAAAAAAACCUAAAGGGAAAAAAAAAAAAACGACCAGAUGUGGAUUUGCAUGCCACGCUGCAGUCUGUUCACAGUGGUGUUGGUAUUGAAAAGGAACUGCGGCUUUCUUUUCCUUUCUUUUUUAAUUUUGUGAAUUCUCCAGUGCUGCUUGAAGGGAAGACAGUGCAACAAACCGAGACCCAUGGACAGUGCCACCCCCUCACCAGCUUCUUAAGCUUAAUCCGACAUGGGUAGGUGGCUCCCGGCCUGCGGAGGCUGCUGGGGUGUUACCAUAUCAAGUACCAGUUAUCCUUCUGUUUAGUAGGUAGACGAGGUGCUGUGUUGUACCACACCCGCCGCAGUCUUCACCUCCUUGUGUGACCGCAUUCCCGUGGACAGCCAAUAAAAUGACGUCCUCUGUUAUUCUGGA